ACCAGCAGGCACCAAAGCCAGAGAAACAUAAAAAAGAGCUAAAGCUCUCUCUCUCUCUCACUCUCUCUCUCUCUCUCUCUCUCUUCCUUUACCAACUUAGUUUAGCAGCAGCCAUUAAGUUCAUAACUUUUCUUUCUUUCCAUGGCUCCACUCUCACUCUCCAACCAGCACCCAUUAAUCUCCUUCCUCUUCUUCCUCACACCCAUUGUCAUGGUGGUGGGCAUGCUUGGAGUUUUCGGGGUGGACGGAGCAAAUUCUCCGACGUCUUCCAGCACAACAUGGUGUGUGGCUAGGAGUGAUGCGAGCGCACAGGCUCUUCAGACAGCCUUGGACUAUGCAUGCGCAGCUGGUGCGGACUGUUCUCCAAUCCAAUCCGACGGACUAUGUUAUCUCCCAAACACCAUCCAAGCUCAUGCCUCUUAUGCCUUCAACAGUUACUACCAGCGCCAGGCUAAGGCCCCUGGUUCUUGCGGCUUCUCCGGCACUGCCACCAUUGCCCAAACAGACCCCAGUUAUGGAUCUUGUGAUUACCCAUCUUCCACAAGCGCGGCUGGCGGGACAACUUCACCUUCCACACCACCAACAGUUCCGAAUCCACAAACGCCGCCAUCAACAUUCGCACCACCCUUCACCGCCUCCACCGGCGGAUUCACUCCUGGAUCGACCCCGAUGAUCCCUGACGAUAACUCAAAAGCGUCCCUCGACUCCAUGUCCCCAACAAUCUUGAUGCCCAUUUCCCUUGUGCUCGUUCUUUUAUUCACCUAAAAUUAAACCCCCCAAUGUAGGUCGUUUAUUUUUUUAAUUUCCUAGUUGCAGCAACAAUAUUGCCCUGAUGCGGAAAAGAGGCUAUACAUUUUUUUGUUAGAAGUUGAACCUUCUUUGUCUGCCUCUUUCUUGCUAAGCCUCCCGAUUAGUAUUUUUCCAAACUAAAUUUUGGGUCUCAGUCUCUUAAUUUCGAACCAAUAGUUCAAUAAAUUCAUUGCCAAAUA